GCCCGCCGCCGCUCCGGCCCGGCCCCGGCGCCUCUCGCUGCUCCCCGCCGCUAUGCACGGCCGCCUCAAGCUCCGCCCCCCGGACGCCGCGCGCCGCCGGCAGCGCGAGGAGAAGCUGCGGCGCUACCGCGUCGCCAUGGCGACGCUGAUUGACAAGCGGGGGCGGGGCGAGCUGGACGCGGAAGUGGUGGAGCUGACGGGGGCGGUGCUGGCGGCCAAUCCCGACGUGGGCACGUGCUGGAACCUGCGGCGUCGCGCGCUGGAGCUGCUGGGCGGCGAUUGGGUGCCGGGCGAGCUGGCCUUCGUUGGGGGCUGCCUGGGGGUGAACCCCAAGUCCUACGGGGCCUGGCACCACCGGCGCUGGGUGCUGCGGCACGCGCCCCCUGACCCUGCCGCCCAGCGCGCCUUCUGCGCCCGCCUGCUGGACGCCGACCCCCGCAACUUCCACGCGUGGGAGCACCGCCGGGCGGAGGCCGGGGGCGAGGCGGAGGCCGAGCUGGCCUUCACGGCGGAGCUGCUGGCCCGCGACUUCUCCAACUUCUCCGCCUGGCACCACCGGGGCCGGCUCCUGGCCGCCGGCCCGCUGCCCCCGGCCCGCCUCCGCCAAGAGCUGGAGCUGGUGCAGAACGCCGUCUUCACCGACCCGCAGGACCAGAGCGCCUGGGUCUACCUGCGCUGCCUGCUGGCCCGCGCCACGCCCCCGCCCCGCCUCCUGAGCCUCCACGCCGACCUGGAGAACGGCACGCUGGCCGUCGCCUUCUCCCGCCCCGUCAUGGUCGCCCCCGGGUCCCUGGAGGCCGCCCUGGAGGACCAGCCCCUCCCCGGGCCCUGGCGCCCUGCCGAUGGCCGCCCCCGCCCCAGCUGCUUCUGGCUCUGCAGCCUGCCCCCCGGCCUGGCCACGCCCCCUGCCCACCUCCACGUCGCCUGGCAACAAGGCCCCGCCCACUGCGAGGUGAUGCUCCGCCCAGGGGAAACUGAGGCGUGGUGGCAGGAGCCAAUCGCGGCCCGGGAGCUGAUCUGGCCGGAAGUGGGCGUGUCCGACCCCGCGGUGCUCUCGGAGCUGGCCCAGGCGUGCCGGGAGCUGCUGGAGCUGGAGCCACGCAGCCGGGGCUGCCUCCUGACCCUGGCGCUGCUGCUGGGCGCCCUGGACCCGCGGGCGCACCGCGACGAGCUGCGGCAGUGCUUGCGUGCCCUGCAGGAGGCAGACCCGCUGCGGCGCGGCUUCGUGGCGGACGUGGCCUCGCGGGCGGAGGUGGCACUGGAGGUGCUGCGGGAGGGGGCGGAGCCUGGGGAGCUCCGCCUCCAGGAUAAGGCGCUGACGUCACUGCCCCUGCUGGAGCACGCAGCCCUCGCCACCCACCUGGAGCUGGCCCGGAACGAGCUGGGGGCGCUGCCCCCGGGGCUGGGGGGGCUGCGGCGGCUGCAGGUGCUGGACGUGUCCCAUAACAAGGUGCAGACCCUGCGGGGGCUUCCACCCCUCCCGCGCCUGGAGGAGCUGCGAUUGGACGGCAACCCUAUAAGCCACGCCUCCGACCUGGCCCCAUUGGCUGCCUGCCCCCGCCUGGCUCGCCUGCGAUUGGCCGGGACGCCGCUGGCCGCCGCCCCCGAGGCUGCCGCCCAGCUGGACAAGCUCCUCCCCCACGUGGCUGUCGCCCUCGCCUGAUUGGACGGCUCCGUUUGCUCCGUCCCCUUUGUCUGGACCUGGCUCCACCUCCCUUGGGCUCUUAAAGGGGCAGGCGCCCCAAUAAAGUGACAUCACGGGGACGUGGCUCAUGGCCCCGCCCAGGCACCA